GGUGGUCAUUGGGCGGCGUGAUCUCCCCGCGGUUCCGCGGCCCGGUGCCGCUGCCGCCAGAGGAGCGCAGCCGGCGGGCAGAGCGAGUGGCCAUGGCGGCUGCGGAGGACGGGUCAGGACAGCAGUCGGCGCUGGACGAAGACGAGGCGGCGUAUUGCCGGCGCUGGGGCGCGCAGCAUGCCGGGGCCCGCGAGUUGGCCUCGCUCUACUCUCCAGGCAAACGCUUCCAGGAGUGGUGCUGUGUGGUCCUGUGCUUCAGCCUCAUUGCCCACAACCUGGUCCACCUCCUGCUGCUGGCCCGCUGGGAGCACACACCUUUGGUCAUGCUGGGCGUUGUUGCAGGAGCUCUCAUUGCUGACUUCCUGUCUGGCCUGGUGCACUGGGGAGCCGACACUUGGGGCUCUGUGGAGCUGCCCAUUGUCGGGAAGGCUUUUAUCCGGCCGUUUCGAGAGCAUCACAUAGACCCAACAGCCAUUACUCGGCAUGACUUCAUUGAGACCAAUGGGGACAACUGCCUGGUGACAUUGCUGCCACUGCUGAACAUGGCCUACAAGUUCCGCACCCAGACCACCGAGGCUCUGGAGCAGCUGUACCCCUGGGAGUGCUUUGUCUUCUGCCUGAUCAUCUUUGGCACUUUCACCAACCAGAUCCACAAGUGGUCACACACGUACUUCGGGCUGCCAUGCUGGGUCACCCUCCUGCAGGACUGGCACGUCAUCCUGCCUCGUAAACACCAUCGAAUCCACCAUGUCUCACCCCACGAGACCUACUUCUGCAUCACUACAGGCUGGCUCAACUACCCUCUUGAGAAGAUGGGCUUCUGGCGACGCCUGGAGGACCUCAUCCAGGGCCUGACGGGUGAGAAGCCUCGAGCGGAUGACAUGAAAUGGGCCCAGAAGAUCAAAUAAUUCUUCCGAGCCGGCCACCUCGUUGCUAACCUUCCCUAGCACCCCCAAACCGAAGCCAUCUGCCAAAUUCUAGCCUCCUCCAGGUGGAGAGGAUGCCUCCUGGGCUGGGCCCAGGCACCCCCAUCCUAUCCCUUGUGACACAGAAUACUUGAGCCACUGAUUUUACGUCUUCUCACCCCCCCCCAACUUUCCCCUCUGCCCCCCCUUUUUUUCCCUUCGUUUCCUCUCCCUGGCCCCUUCCCAGCCACCUGAGCUGCUCUUAUCUACCAAGCCUGACUGCAGAAAAAGGAGCCCCUCCUGCCAGCUGCCCCAGGGAGAGGAGAUGCUCACCCAUCCCCAUCCUCACUCCUACCACCUACCACCACCCCCACCUACUGGGCAGCCUGUCGGCAUAGCUGGUAUUAGGGCCACUGAGGCAUCUUCUCUGUCCCCCUUGACUGGCCCUGGAUUGUGUAGAUGUCCCCGAGCAAGCACACCUAAGUGUCAUGGGAACACUGUAUUGCCACAGCCCUGCAGACUCACCCCAAAGGCCUGAGUGAGUAGACAACCAGCCACCAUCCUCAGCUUGGCCUAUCCACUCAUGAAUGACAGAAGGACAGCAAGAGCCUGGGAACAGCUGGCCGGAAGAAGCCAGAACGCCUGCCCACGUCUGUUCUCCCCUGGCGUCCCCACCUGCCCACAUGAUUCCAUCUGGAGCUGAUGUUUCUAACCAUUGGACAUCUUUGCAGGGCCUGGUCCCUGCCAAAGGUCAUGGUCACUUGGAAGGAGACAUAAUUGUUCCCUCUGACCAGGUCUGUGUCAGAGAAGAAAGGAAGAAAGAGUGGGGCUUUUUUAUUUUUUUUGGUUUGUUUUGGUUGUAUUUUUUUUUAAAGGUGCUUUUGCUUGUUUAAUGUAAAUAAUAGAAAGCCUUAAUAUCUUUUCUGUAACACGGAGUAAUAUUUUAAUGUCAUGUUUUGAAUGUACAUAAUAUAUUUAUAACAAAGCAGCAAGAAUCUACUUAACCUUGGCUGCCUGGUGUCUAAUAGUUGGAUGAGGGAGAGGGGAGGAGCUUGGUGGGUGAGGCCCCACUCCCACCCCAUUCCCAGCUCUCCCCGUUACCAACCCUGGGUUUUAGACUGAGGUUACCUGAGACAGUGAAUAGAAAUUGACAGACAUUCCAUGCCCUUUUGGAAGGGACCCACAGCUUGGUGAGACAUACUAUCCAUACAGAUCACUGGUGGAGUAAAAACGGCCAGUCCCUAUUCAUGAAUUCCCUCAGCAGAUGUUUAUUAGCACCUGGUAUGUGCCAGACUCUGGCCUGGACACUAGGGCCCAGCACUGAGAAAGCAAGGACUUCCCCUGGUGGUACUGACCUGCUGGGAGUCAAUAAACCUAAAUAAAUACA